AUGUCUGAGGAGAGUGAGUCCUGUUACCUUGAUUUCAGCCGCCCUGCCACUCCAGCAUGGUACUCCCUAUGCCUCGGCCUGGAUAAGUACAAGGGAUCCACGCCCUCGUUAUUUCUGUGGAAUGAUACGAACGAGUCAUCUGUGUUCGGUGGGCCGGAGCAGACCAUGCUGAAGGACGCGGUGCAUUAUGGGGGCUGGGAACAUCGGGAAUUGCACAACCUCUAUGGAUUUUACCAGGCAGCUUCUCCUUCUCCUGGAUCACUUCACCGGACGACCUGUGUUUUCCUUCUCAGCUCGAGGCCACAGUGGAAGGGCUGAUGACUCGCUCCGGCUGAUGUUGGCGGGUUUUUCAACGAUCCGCAUCCCGAGGUGCUGGUGCGUUGGUACCAGGCCGCCGCCCUGCAGCCGUUCUUCCGUGGUCACUCUGCCUGCUGGUCAAAGCGCCGGGAGCCGUGGCUGUUUGGGGAAGAGGUCACCGCUGCCAUCCGCACGGUGAUCCAACAGAGGUAUCAGCUGCUGCCCUACUGGUACACUCUGUUCCACCAGGCUCACAGCGCUGGGCUGCCUCCGAUCAGGCCUCUAUGGGUGGAGUUCCCCAGAGAACGAGGCACCUUCAGUGUGGACCACCAGCAUAUGAUAGGGGGCACCCUGCUGGCCUGUCCCGUUACCGAUCCUGGAGUUCAGGAAGUCAAAAUGCUACUUCCUGGAUCUGAUGAGAUUUGUUGUGAUGUCCAAUCUGCGAUGGCGCACGAAGGAGGAAGGACCCUGAGUCUCCCUGACACCCUGGACACGGUUCCUGUGUUCCAGAGAGGCGGCCCGGUUGUCUGCAGGUCGGCAGGAAGCAGCUACUGCACAGCCGACCUCCAGCUGCUUCCGCUCUCCAUCACUGUGGCUCUGGACUCUCAGGGGGCUGCUGAUGGGGAGUUGUACCUGGACGACGGCCACUCUUUCAUCUACCUCCACAGAAAGGCCUUCUGUCUGCGCAGGUUCGACAUGCUGUCAGGCCGGCUGCUCUGCCGUGCCGCCGGUGAAGAAUGAGCGUUUGACUCUGACACCCUCGUUCACUCCGUCACCAUCCUGGGUUUGAAGAGCAAACCGACCGCCGUGACUGUGCACCAAUCAGGGUCCGAGGACACUCCUGCUGAGUUUCAGUUCACGGAGACCUGCUGCAAACUGACCAUGAGCAGCCUGAGCCUCAGAGUGGUGACGGACUGGGAGAUUCACAUUCUGUAGGUUCACGCUGCUCGUGUCCGUCGAGAGGGG